CGCGAUGAGCCACCUGACGGUGCAGUCCCUCCGCCAGGUGAUGAAAGUCCUUCUGGACUCGCCGGGCUUUGAUCGGGUGCUAAACAAGAUGACUGUUCUUUCUGCCAGCCCUGGGAAAGUUGUGUGUGAAAUGAAAAUUGAAGAAGAGCACACCAACCGAGGAGGAACUCUGCAUGGAGGGUUGACAGCAACUCUUGUGGAUGUCGUGUCAACAGCUGCUUUGGUGCACACUGAAAGACAAGCACCUGGAGUCAGUGUGGAGAUGAACAUUAGCUAUAUGUCAGCAGCUAAGAUCGGAGAUGAAAUCCUGAUCACCGCUGAGGUUCUGAAGCAAGGAAGAAGCUUAGCAUUUGCCAACGUGGAUUUAACAAGCAAGUCAACUGGAAAGUUGAUAGCCCAAGGAAGGCAUACAAAAUUCCUGGGAUCCAAAUAG